UAUUUUCUCUUUCGUCGCCGAACACAGAAAACGGAGAAGCAUACUUCCCGCAGUUGUAGCAGUAGCUUGCCGGAAACGGCGAUCGGAGAUACUUCCGUUCAUAACCGAAGCUGAAAAAUGCCUAGAGUUAAGACAAACCGUAUAAAAUACCCUGAGGGUUGGGAGCUGAUUGAGCCUACCUUAGCUGAACUGGAUGCUAAAAUGAGAGAAGCUGGCAAUGACUCUAAUGAUGGUAAAAGAAAGUGUGAAGCACUCUGGCCCAUAUUCAAGGUUGCACAUCAGAGGAGCAGAUAUGUAUAUGACCUUUACUAUGGAAGGAAUGAAAUAUCUAAAGAGCUGUACGAAUUCUGUUUGGAACAAGGUUAUGCAGAUCGCAACCUGAUUGCAAAGUGGAAAAAGCCUGGAUACGAGCGUCUCUGCUGCUUGCACUGCAUACAGCCCCGGGAUCACAACUUUGCGACUACUUGUGCAUGUCGUGUCCCCAAACACCUUAGGGAAGCUUCUGUAAUAGAGUGUGUACAUUGUGGAUGUCAAGGUUGUGCAAGUGGUGACUAAUUUGCUUUUCCAAUAGCUGUAUGUUAUGAGAUCAGCAGAUGUUCUUUCUGGCUUUUCAAAGCAUUAGAAACCUUUGUCUGUAAUGACCAAAGAUAGUGAUGGAUUAUUCAGCCUUUAACCUUUUAUCCUACUUGACUUUCAGACUA